AUGUACAAUCGCACACUGGAUAGAGUUGCAAAGGAAUUCGUAGUUCACCUUGUCGACACAAAGACCCUGCCCCAGGAGAAAAUCAGCUUUGGAAUUCCAAACACUUUAGAGUACUUCUAUCUUGACAGUCUCUACUUGGACAUCUCAUUCUUUAACACAUUGGAACGCAACCAUUCUCUCAAACACCUACAUCUCACCUACGGGUGUCUAAUGGACAGCACCUCAACAAAGGCACUCCGCAAGAUGCUUUGCGUCAAUCACACAAUCACAAGCCUCUCUCUGCGAGGCAACAUGCUCUUCACCAAUGACCAUGUGGUGGAAGAAGUAGUCUUGUUGUUAGGCGGGCUGCAGGCGCCUCUUACCAAUCUGGACAUUGCCGCCAACGGCGCAAAAAACCUCGAAAGAAUCUUCAAUGCUUUGCUCACUAGCGAUGUCAUUGAGAAUCUGGUCAUCGACUGCAGAAUGGAGAAUGACGCUGGGCAUUACACAUCACGGUCAAACAUUCUCGUCUCUAUCGAGAUCGUUGAUGAAGAUUUACAAUGA